CAAAAACAAACUCGUCGUAUAUUUAACACGAACUUAGACUUUAAAAGACUCUUUUAAGAUCAAGUUUUUGAGGGGAACUGAAAACAGAAGCGACGGUCGAAUACCUCUAGAAGAAUUUCAAUGCAGUAUGAGACAAGUAUGAGACAAAACAAUUUUUGAGUGUGCUUUUAAAAAAAAAACACUUUGUGUUUGGAUUUCUACUCGUGAGGUAUUAAGUGGAAAAAAGAGAUUAAAAUUUGCCACCAAUUUGUUCAUCUGACGGACAUAAUCACAUGUGGAGUUUACAAUGAAGACUUCCUUGUCUUGGAUUGUGUUGCUGAUCUCUGAAUUGUCAGUGUUCUCCGUUCAUGCUGUUCAGUUUUCGGAUGCAGAGUCACUUCUUCAAGAUAUCUUUUUGAACUAUUCAACAGAUAUUCGUCCAAAACAAAACAUGUCGGAAGUUCUCGAGGUGUCUCUAUAUCCGUUUGUGUUUUCCGUAAAUGAUUUUGACGAAAUUUCUGGGGUUUUAUCUACUGUGAGCGCAUUUUCGUUGACGUGGCAUGAUUUCCGGUUGACUUGGAACCCGAGUAACUAUGGUGGUCUAGAGAACUUUCCCGUUCCAAAGAAGAAACUUUGGGUUCCGAACAUCUUUUUGAUUGAUCCAGCCAAUAAGAUGGAAGCCAUUGGAGAUGAAGACUUCCUCGGCAGAGUAUCACAUAAUGGUUACGUGUCUUGGGUACCUGGAGGUAUGAUACAAAGUUUGUGUGAGGUUGACAUGUAUAAAUUUCCUUUCGACACACAGACGUGUGGUUUUACUCUAGCUUUAUGGGGAUAUUCACCAUUUGAGGCUAAACUGGUUCCGCAUAACAACAUGUCUAACAUGGAUACGGCGUACUACUCCGCCAACGCUCAGUGGACAUUAAUGGGAACAGUUAUGAAUACAUCUUCAUUGGGAGAUUACGAUAAUCUGAUUGAACUGCAAUUGAUUUUGAAGAGGAAAUCCAUGUACUUUGUGAUAAAUAUGCUGGCCCCUAUCCUUCUCCUGUCCUUACUUAACCCCCUGGUGUUCGUUCUACCAGUUGACAGUGGAGAGCGUGUGUCCUAUGCUAUCACGAUCUUUCUGUCCUUCGCUGUCUUCAUGACACUGCUCAGCGACAAUAUUCCAAAAUCUUCUGAGCCAAUGUCGUUAAUGUCGUAUUUCCUUAUAGAAACUAUGGGGAUGAGCACACUGAUAUGCGUUUUGAGUAUUGUCACGAUGCACUUUCAUUAUAAAGAUUCUAGUUCACAAGUGUCGAGGAAAGCUGUUUUUGUUUUGAAUGUUCUACGACUGCGAUGUUUUUGCCAAUUGAAUGGAAAACGCGUAAAGAAGUCUAAGGUGGACGAUACCCCCGCGGUGGAUGUAGUGUUUGUAAAGAGUAAAGAAAUGAAAGAAGACAAUUCACAAAAUGGUGAAGCAGAAGAAAAUUUGAGUUGGAAGUCUGUAGCUGAGGGAUAUGAUAAAGUAAUGACCUGUUAUUUUUACUUCUUUGUUUUUCUCCAGUGGAUCAUCCUAUCUGCAGUAUUAGUAUAUUGAAAGGACAAAUCCUAUGUACAUUUAAUGCUUGUAAUCACGUGUAUAAUCCAUUGCAUAUUACAGCUUGUGAACUUUUCAUAAUAGAUUUAGGCUAAAACAAACGAUCUUAA